UCUUAUCAACCUCAGUUGUUUUAAAUUUAAUUAGAGAUUGAAUUUAUUGGCAAACAAUUAUUUAUUCUAUUAAUUCAUUAAUUAUUUUUGACCAAUAUUAUUAAAUCAACUAAGUAAAAAUAAAUGGGAGGAGUUUAAAGAAGAAAGGGAACUAAGGGAAAGAAUAAAAAUUUCCACAGAACAUUUAAAACUAGACAUUAUAAAAGAGAUUAGGACCAAGUCCAUGAAGAUAUAAAACCUGAAAAUCAAGAAAAGUGGCUCAAUUAAGAAGUUAACGAAGACUUACCUGGUCUUGGUCAAUAUUAUUGUAUUCCAUGCGCUAGAUAUUUCAAUAAUGAUGAAUCUUUAAAGACACACUAGACUACUAAGGUCCAUAAGAAAUCAGUAAAAAGAGCUAAUGAAAAACCUUAUACUAUUGAAGAAGCUGAAGAAUGCGGCAAAUUUUGA